AGUAGUAGUAGUGGUGCGGUUACAGUCGAUACGAGACGCGGCGGAGAAGCUUCUCGUGGACGAGGACGCGCGCGAGUGGUGCAUGUUGACGAACGUAGAUUUACGUAAGAACAACGCGACCCGACCCGUCUAUCUAUCGCUGGGUUACGUCGUACAUGGUACGCUUAUAUGGUACGCGUAUGCGCACGUGUGGUGCCGCCAAUGGAUACUUGACAAGAGGAGAGCUGAUCGAAAAGCCGAGGGAGACGUGUCCUCGGGACGCCGUCGUUUGGGCUCGUCGAACUCGGAGCAGCGCGCUGUGUGCUCGGAGCGAAAGAACGCGAAGUGAAUAUAUGUAGCCGCUAGAGGGAUGCUAGAAAAGGUAUCACGAAUGGACGAGACGGGUCCGUUCAAUUUCGCUCCCUCUCGUGAUUCGCCACGCUGCGCAGCAAGGAUUCCGGAGAAUGGUGGUGUGGGUUCGUAUAAGCUUGGAGGUACGCGAGAUGUAUAAGAGGAGUGCUCGUCAGUGAAAGAAGAAGUGAAAGAAGACUCGGGCGUGAUAAAUAGAUAAGAGGAGGAAGAAGAGUGCAAAGUGCGAAGAAAAUGGGCGUAAGAUCGUUCCCAAGAGACUCUCCCGUACGGACGAAGACGCUAAUCCGCCGUUGCUGAGGUGCGACGCGGGUGAGUUUCGCGACAGAGAGAAGGAAAAAGAGAAGCGGAACUGUGGUGUACGCUUCUGCGACGACAAAGAAGAAGACAAUAACGAUCCAUCAUGGGAGUCUCGGUGUUCCUGCUGUACGCGGUGACGGUGCUCGGGGUAACAGCCAGCGGCGACAAGUGCGCCAACCAAUGUUCGUGCAAGUGGAAGAGCGGGAAGCGCACGGUGGAAUGCGUGGAUCGUUCCCUGACCAGCAUACCGGAUUGGAUCGAUCCGGAGACCCAGGUGCUGGACAUGAGCGGCAACGACAUCCGUCUCCUGCCGAGCAACAUCUUCGUCCGCGUACGUCUGACGAAUCUGCAGCGUCUCUACUUGCGUGAUUGCCGUAUCGAUCGGAUCGACGGCGAGGCACUGGCAGGCCUCACGAAUCUCGUCGAGCUCGAUCUCAGUCACAAUCUGCUGAUCGCGGUGCCGAGUUCGAGUUUCACCGACACGCCAUUCCUGCGCGACCUGGUGCUCGCGCACAAUCCGCUCGAGAGGAUCCGCCAGCACGCGUUCACGAGCACGCCGAAUCUGGUUAAGCUCGAUCUCUCGCACACGCAGCUCGUCGACAUCGAGGCCAAGGGAUUCCUCGGACUCGAGCUGCUCGAGAGUCUCAAGCUGAACAACAAUCAAUUGUCCACCUUGCACCCGGGUACGUUCGAGCCGUUGAAGAAACUCACGAGUAUCGAGCUGCACGACAAUCCGUGGACCUGCGACUGCCAUUUACGCGAAAUGAAGAUGUGGCUCGUGAAGCAUAACGUGCCGACCCUCGUGGCACCUGUAUGUCGCGGGCCCCAACAGUUGCUCGACCGUGCCUUCACCGACCUCGAUAUAGACGACUUUGCCUGCCGGCCGGUUCUGCUGAUAGCCAGCCGAUACGCCGAGGCGACCAUUGGCGAGAACGCUAGUAUCGAGUGCCGGGUCAGCGCGAUACCACCCGCGAAGGUCAAAUGGUACUGGAACGGUCGGCAGUUGACCAAUCACUCGGCAUUCAGCAGUUACCAAAAGAUCCUCAUCUUCGAGGAGGGUCAGUUUCGCAAGAAAAGCACCCUGAUCCUCACCAACGCUCAGGAGGCGGACUCGAGCGAGUUUUACUGCGUCGCUGAGAACCGGGCCGGCAGCGUCGAGGCCAACUUCACCCUGCACGUGUCCCUGAGGACCGCGGGCAUGGCGACUUUAGGCUCGGGCCAGAUCGCGGGGAUCUCGGCCGCGCUGGUCGUCCUCAUCCUAAUCAUCCUUAUGAUCAUUCUCGUGUUAUUCGUGCGUCUGCGACGAAUGCCGCUCAAGGACGUCAAAUCGUCGGCGCCGAUGGAGGCGACGUCGGGCGACGGUACCGCGAACGGGAACGGCGGCGACAACAAUCCACCCUCCGCGACCUCGACCACCCGCAGGAAACACGAGGAGAUCGAGACGACGUCGUUCGCCCUGGAGUCGAAACCGCCCGCCUCGUUGCACCUGAGUUACGUGCAGAGACCUCAGGCAGCCGUGGUGCAGGAAACCGAGUACAGCACCAUCAGCCGCUUCGACGACCAGAAUCAACCGGCCGUGGCGGCGAUCCCGGGCGCCGGCUGUUUCUCGUCCACGACGUCCCUGAUGCCGAUCGAUAAUCCGGAUCUGAUCAGGGACACCCGGCGCGGCUCCGCCGAGGACCUCGCGUCUUACGGGGUCGCCGAUUACAGCCGCGUCGGGACGACGAUGGACGACGCCGGGAAGAUGCUCUACUCCAGCUGCCUGUGGGAGGCCAGGGACACCACCUGCGGCAGGACGUCCGCCGUCCCGGUGGUCGCGUAUCCUUCGUCGAAGGAGCAGCUUGCGGUGGUGACGGCGCCGAUCGUCGAGCAGUUCCCACCCGGCGCGAAGCAAAUGCGGGUCUGGCAGAAGGGCGUCCCGGUGCUGCCGCCGGUCUCGGCGCUGAAACGCGUCCUAGGAUCCACGCGCAGCUCGCCCGACGAGGGCUACCAGGAGGGCACCGGCACCGACGUCUAGGUACCGCUACUUCAUUACUGCGACGCCCGGCACCGUUACCUGGAACUUCGUAGGAGGCAUCAGGAGGACGACACCGAUUGCUGAAAGGAGAAAUAAUAGCAAAAGAAAAAAAGGAAAAGAUAAAUCGUCCUCGCGAGUGCCGGACGGGCGGUAGUGAACGGCAGGAGCCAAGAAUGUGUGUCGGACGAAUCGAGUGUGAUCUCGCGACCAUAGUGUUGACGAUGACCGAGAAAACCCGCGCCAUUAUCGUGCGCGAACUCGGUUCUUCACGUACGUACGUGGAUAAUCGGAGGUACAGUAUUUUACCCAACCAACCAGGUAUUACCCGGUACCAUCUAAUCAGUGAUACGAAUCAGCCCUGCAAUCAGGAAGGUAUGAUACAAUAUCGUACGGUACCGGUAGACGAGCGAUACCCUUUGGAACCCAUCGCUAAAGGUGGUUAGAAAUAAGGAAUUACGAGUCGAAUAUGUUAGGCGUAUCGUCGAGGAUUACGUCUGUUCGUUCGAUCCCCGAAUCAACUGUAUUAUUUAGGGUCAUCGCGUGCGAUUAACACGACCUUCGAGACGCGACAGAAACAACAACCGGUUCCUCUCUCUCGAAGAGUCUGGCCGUUUUACUCUCGUAUACCUGCGUUGUUUAUGAUGAUGCGGCUCUUCAAAGCGGUCGGCCCCAUUGUGUGCAUGAUAGUUGAUGACAUAAUCUUGUGUGCGUCAUUCAAAGUACGUGGUGCGAUCAGCUGGUAGAUAUUCGGUUCCGUUUAUUCGGAUAUACGUACGUACCUCUAUCGCGGGGAUGUUAGUUUUUGUACAGGAUGCUCCGAGAAAAACGGCUAAUAUUUAGAAAAUUUAAACAAAAUAUUGCUUGUUUAUCCCCUGUCAAUAAUUAAACAGUCUGAAUAAUUAAGCUUUCUAUAUCCAAAGAAUCUACUCUUAAGAACAUAUAAAUAUUGUGACUGACGAUAAAUUUUUACAUGAUUAAGAAACGAUAUGCAUCUUCAAGUUUGCAAUGGAAAUUCCACCUGCGAUGUGCAAUAAUCUUUCCAAAUUAAAUGUACGUUUAUUAAUACAAUUGUUUAAUUUGGAACGAAAUUGACACCAUCGACUCUCACAAACUUUCGACUUUUUUCUCACUGGAGCACUCUGUAUAUAAUGCGACAAUGAGAGAGAGAGAGAGAGAGAGAGAGAGAGAAAGAGAGAGAUUGCAUCGAUCGAUUGACCGGAAGUCGUCGUCACCGAUAGCGAUGUCUCGCGUGUAACACGCACACAGGCAGAGUGCAUACAGGAAGUGCAUACACACGACGUGCACCGAGUCAGAGACGAGGAAGUGAUACGCUACGCCGGUCACGUCAUUGUCUCGACGGUCGUGCAGUACACAAUAUCGACGGGUUAAUACAUUUGUAUCAUAGCUAAGCCGCAAUGUCGGAGAUUUCCGUAAGAUCAACCGGGAUAAAAUGCGUUAGAUGACUCCUCCCCUCCCUUGAGAUGAUAAGUGACGAGACUGCGACGAGCGAAUGACGCGUAGAUUUAAUAGGAAGUGAGAAGAGAGUGACGCUUAUUCAAGCUAAGAAGGUAUCUCGCGGAUUUUUUCUAGUCAAUUCGGUAAAAAAAAAAAAAAGAUAAGGAGAGAAAAAGGAGUGGUUACGAUGGAUAUCAUUUAUUCGGCCGGACGGGAAACUCGCGCGUUUUGGCAAACUGCCCUCUCGAUCGGAAGGUGGCCACGUUGAAUCAUCCCUCGAAGCCUCGGUCGACAAACUCACACGAUUACGGACCGGCGCGGCGAGCCUAUAUUGUUGCUUCGAGUGGCUCUUCGUGUCCGAGACGAAACCUCGCGAGAGAACGAUCGAGAUAGAUAAACGGGGAGGAUGCUGCUCUGGAUUCAUACUCACAAUGACACGUUUCCCAAUUUGAUCGCGAUCGUGGCUUGUUGGCGGAUGAUCUCAAUUUUUGUCGAAUACGCGAGAUUAAAUUUGCAAUGCUUUCGAGCGAAUCCACUUUUUCCGAUGUUAUUCUGUGUAAAUAAAAACCGCCUGACAAUUUUUUUAUUUAAUUUAAUACAAUUUAGUAAUGGUUUUUUUUUACCAAUACUUUGUAAUGCAUGACAAUUGUUUUCGUUAUUUAUUAGUAUAAUAUUGUUAUCACUGAUAAAAAAUACUCGUUUUUAUGAAAAAUUCAGACAGUAGAUCGAUAUCAAUUCAAUGACAUUUAUAACGUUUUAAAGAUUAAAGUUUUUCUAAUGGAGAUUAUUGUUUCUAAAAGUGCGUGUAGUUGUGAACAAUAAUCCAGUAAUGUUUGUACAUUUCGAUCUCGUUUGUCUAUUACACGCAGCAGAUCCAUCAGAAUCAAUUAUAUAAGACUGUGUGAUAAACUCAUAAAUCAAUCACGGACGAAUGUAUACUAUUGCUCAAUCACUAAAGUUGAAUUUCGCGAUUGAUUGGCUGAGUUAUGCGUCUUAACGUAGCGUCUUGUCUAAGUGAGUCUUUGUCGAUCCAUGCAUUCGACGAUGAAUCUGUCAAAUCGGAUUACAGUGCUUUCAUUAGAAAUAACUGCGCCAAAUUGAAUAACUUUAGUACCGUAAUGAAAUCUGACACAAUUAUUAAUAUAGCGUGCUUUCUAAAGAAUUUCUAUAAAAAGCAAAUUAAUUUUGUAAAAAAAACUGCUGAAAC